ACACUUUUGGCCAUUCAGGCACCUUCUGGUACACAACUGGAGGUACCCAUUCCAGAAAUGGGUCAGAAUGGACAAAAGAAAUACCAGAUCAAUCUAAAGAUUCAUUCAGGACCUAUCCAUGUGCUGCUUAUAAAUAAAGAGUCGAGUUCACCUAAGCCCGUGGUUUUUCCUGUUCCCCCACCUGAUGACCUCACACAGCCUUUCUCCCAGUCCUUGACUCCAGUGACUCCACAAAAAUCCAGCAUGGCAGCUCAAAAUCUGCCUGAGCAACAUGUCUCUGAAAGAAGCCAGGCUCUGCAGCAGACAUCAGCUACAGAUAUAUCUUCAGCAGGAUCUAUUAGUGGAGAUAUCAUUGAUGAGUUAAUGUCUUCUGAUGUGUUUCCUCUCUUAAGGCUUUCUCCUACCCCGGCAGAUGACUACAACUUUAAUUUAGAUGAUAAUGAAGGAGUUUGUGAUCUGUUUGUUGUCCAGAUACUAAAUUAUUAGAUUCAAUGGAAACUUGGGACUGUUAUCUACCUCUAACUGUGUAACAUUUUAGACUUCUUAAUAACCUAAGUAUUUAAAAUAAUGAAUGUAACACCUCUUUUAGUUCACUGAUUCUGAAGUGUUCUUCCUUAAUACUUUCUUUACUUCACAAAACUUCAACCAUAAAAA